CCGCCCCCGCCGCGGGACUAUCUGGUCCCGGCAGCAGCGAUGUCCCCCGGCAGGAAUGUCCCUCCUCAGAUAAUGUUAUUUAUAUCUCUGGGCGGGUCCGCGGCUCGGCAGCACCAGGCGCCCGGCGGCCGCUGUGCCAGGAGCCCCGCGCUGCCCUCCUCCCCCUGCGCCGCCGCCGCUGCCGCCGCCGCCCCCGGGCUCCGGGUGGCCGCCGCUUCAGCCCCAGCGCAGGGACCCUUCCAUGAGGACUGAGGCAGGCGUCGCUGCUGAGAGGAGCCUGCUGACAUGACAUCGGCCACGGAGUUUGAGAACGUGGGCAACCAGCCGCCGUACAGCCGGGUCAAUGCCCGCUGGGACGCCCCGGACGACGAACUGGAUAAUGACAACAGCUCGGCCAGGCUCUUCGAGAGGUCCCGGAUCAAGACCUUGGCAGACGAGCGGGAAGUUGUUCAGAAAAAGACCUUUACGAAGUGGGUGAACUCCCACCUGGCCCGCGCAUCCUGCCGCAUCACGGACCUCUACAAGGACCUGCGGGAUGGCCGGAUGCUCAUCAAACUGCUGGAGGUGCUCUCCGGGGAGACGCUGCCCAAGCCCACCAAGGGGAAGAUGCGCAUCCACUGCCUGGAAAACGUGGACAAGGCCCUGCAGUUCCUCAAGGAGCAGCGUGUGCACCUGGAGAACAUGGGCUCCCACGACAUCGUGGACGGCAACCACCGCCUGGUCCUCGGCCUCAUCUGGACCAUCAUCCUCCGCUUCCAGAUUCAGGAUAUCGUUGUCCAGACUCAGGAAGGCCGAGAGACACGCUCAGCCAAGGAUGCAUUGCUCCUGUGGUGCCAGAUGAAGACGGCAGGCUACCCCCAUGUCAACGUCACCAACUUCACCUCCAGCUGGAAGGAUGGCCUGGCCUUUAACGCGCUGAUACACAAGCACCGGCCUGACCUGAUCGACUUUGACAAGCUGAAGGAUUCCAAUGCCCGCCACAACCUGGAGCAUGCGUUUGACGUGGCCGAGCGCCAGCUGGGCAUCAUCCCGCUCCUUGACCCCGAAGAUGUCUUCACAGAGAACCCUGAUGAGAAGUCCAUCAUCACCUACGUGGUGGCAUUCUAUCACUACUUCUCCAAGAUGAAGGUGCUGGCCGUGGAGGGCAAGCGUGUUGGCAAGGUCAUCGACCACGCCAUUGAGACUGAGAAGAUGAUCGAGAAGUACAGCGGGCUAGCCUCGGACCUGCUCACCUGGAUCGAACAGACCAUCGUCGUCCUCAACAGCCGCAAGUUUGCCAACUCGCUGGCCGGCGUCCAGCAGCAGCUACAGGCCUUCAGCACCUACCGCACUGUGGAGAAGCCGCCCAAGUUUCAAGAAAAGGGAAAUCUGGAAGUCCUACUGUUUACCAUCCAGUCCCGGAUGAGAGCCAACAACCAGAAAGUGUACACACCCCAUGAUGGGAAGCUGGUGUCCGACAUCAACCGGGCCUGGGAAAGCCUGGAGGAAGCCGAGUAUCGGCGGGAGCUGGCCCUGCGGAACGAGCUCAUCCGACAGGAGAAGCUGGAGCAGCUGGCCAGGAGAUUUGACCGGAAGGCCGCGAUGAGAGAGACGUGGCUCAAUGAAAACCAGCGCCUCGUGGCCCAGGAUAACUUUGGGUACGACCUGGCGGCUGUGGAGGCCGCCAAGAAGAAACACGAGGCCAUCGAGACCGACACAGCAGCCUACGAGGAGCGGGUGCGGGCGCUGGAGGACCUGGCCCAGGAGCUGGAGCGAGAGAACUACCACGACCAGAAGCGCGUCACGGCCCGCAAGGACAACGUGCUGCGGCUGUGGAGCUACCUGCAGGAGCUGCUGCAGGCCCGGCGCCGCAGGCUCGAGACCACCCUGGCGCUGCAGAAGCUGUUCCAGGACAUGCUACACAGCAUCGACUGGAUGGACGAGAUCAAGGCUCACCUCUUGUCGGCUGAGUUCGGGAAGCACUUGUUGGAGGUGGAGGACUUGCUACAGAAACACAGGCUGAUGGAGGCCGACAUCGCCAUCCAAGGGGACAAAGUGAAGGCCAUCACAGCAGCCACCCUGCAGUUCACGGAGGGCAAAGGGUACCAGCCUUGCGACCCCCAGGUCAUCCAGGACCGUGUCAGCCACCUGGAGCAGUGCUUCGCGGAGCUGAGCAGCAUGGCGGCCGGGCGGAAGGCACAGCUGGAGCAGUCCAAGCGGCUCUGGAAGUUCUUUUGGGAGAUGGACGAGGCCGAGAGCUGGAUCAAGGAGAAGGAGCAGAUCUACUCCUCCCUGGACUACGGCAAGGACCUGACCAGCGUGCUGAUCUUGCAGCGCAAGCACAAGGCCUUCGAGGACGAGCUCCGCGGGCUGGACGCGCACCUGGAGCAGAUCUUCCGCGAGGCGGAGAGCAUGGUUGCGCGCAAGCAGUUCGGGCACCCGCAGAUCGAGGCCCGCAUCAAGGAGGUGUCCGCCCAGUGGGAGCAGCUGAAGGAGCUGGCGGCCUUCCGCAAGAAGAACCUCCAAGACGCCGAGAACUUCUUCCAGUUCCAGGGCGACGCGGAUGACCUGAAGGCCUGGCUGCAAGACGCUCACCGGCUGCUCUCGGGCGAAGACGUGGGCCAGGACGAGGGAGCCACGAGGGCGCUGGGGAAGAAGCACAAGGACUUCCUGGAGGAGCUGGAGGAGAGCCGAGGGGUGAUGGAGCACCUGGAGCAGCAGGCCCAGGACUUCCCCCAAGAGUUUCGCGAUUCCCCGGAUGUGACCAAUCGGCUGCAGGCGCUCCGAGAGCUCUACCAGCAGGUGGUGGCGCAGGCGGACCUGCGCCGACAGAGGCUGCAGGAUGCCCUGGACCUGUACACGGUGUUUGGGGAGACGGACGCCUGCCAGCUGUGGAUGGGUGAGAAGGAGAAAUGGCUGGCCCAGAUGGAAAUCCCAGACACCCUGGAGGACCUGGAGGUGGUACAGCACAGAUUCGACAUCCUGGACCAGGAGAUGAAGACGUUGAAGGCUCAGAUCGAUGGCGUGAACCUGGCUGCCAACAGCCUGAUGGAGAGCGGCCACCCGCGCAGUGGUGAAGUGAAGCAGUACCAGGACAACCUGAAUACCAGGUGGCAGGCGUUCCAGAGCAUGGUGUCCGAGCGGCGGGAGGCAGUGGACUCCGCCCUCCGUGUGCACAACUACUGCGUGGACUGUGAGGAGACCAGCAAGUGGAUCAUGGACAAGACGAAGGUGGUGGAGUCCACCAAGGACCUGGGGCGGGACCUGGCAGGCGUCAUCGCCAUCCAGCGGAAGCUGUCGGGGCUGGAGCGCGACGUGGCCGCCAUCCAGGCCCGGGUGGGCGCCCUGGAGCGUGAGUCGCAGCGGCUGAUGGAGUCGCACCCCGAGCUGAAGGAGGACAUUGGCAGGCGGCAGGAGUAUGUGGAGGAGCUGUGGCAGGGCCUGCAGCGAGCCCUGCAGGGCCAGGAGGCCUCGCUGGGGGAGGCCAGCCAGCUGCAGGCCUUCCUGCGGGAUCUGGAUGACUUCCAGGCCUGGCUGUCCAUGGCCCAGAAGGCCGUGGCCUCCGAGGACAUGCCCGAGUCCCUUCCGGAGGCGGAGCAGCUCCUACAGCACCACCAGGCCAUGAAGAGCGACAUCGAUGGGCACCACGAGAGCUUCCAGCAGGUCAAGGCCUCUGGCGAGAAGGUGACCCAAGGUCAGACAGACCCAGAGUACCUGCUUCUGGGCCAGCGGCUGGAGGGCCUGGACGCUGGCUGGGACGCCCUGCACCAGAUGUGGGAGAGACGCGGCCACUCCCUUGCCCAGUGCCUCGGCUUCCAGGAGUUCCAGAAAGACGCCAAGCAGGCUGAAGCCAUCCUCAGCAACCAGGAAUACGUCUUGGCUCACCUGGAGCCCCCUGACUCCCUGGAAGCAGCAGAGGCCGGCAUCCGGAAGUUUGAGGAUUUCCUGCUGUCCAUGGAGAACAACCGGGAUAAAGUCUUGAGUCCUGUGCACUCUGGGAACAGCCUGGUGGACCAGAGGAACCUGUACUCGGACAAGAUCAAGGAGAAGGUGCAGCAGAUCGAGGAGAGGCACAGGAAGAAUGACGAGAAGGCUCAGGAGGCCUCGGUUCUGCUCAGAGACAACCUGGAGCUCCAGAACUUCCUCCAGAACUGCAAGGAGCUCACUCUCUGGAUCAAUGACAAGCUGCUGACGUCCCAGGAUGUCUCCUACGACGAAGCCCGCAACCUCCACAACAAAUGGCUGAAGCACCAGGCCUUUGUGGCGGAGCUGACUUCCCACCAGGGGUGGCUGGACAACAUCGACGCUGAAGGAAGACAGUUAAUGGAAGAGAAGCCCCAGUUCACACCUCUGGUGUCCCAGAGGCUGCAAGAGUUGCACCAGCUCUGGGACAAGCUGCAGGCCACCACCAAGGAGAAGACUCAACUGCUGUCGGCUGCCCGGAGCUCUGAUCUGCGCCUGCAGACGCACGCCGACCUCAACAAGUGGAUCAACGCCAUGGAGGAGCAGCUGCGGUCCGACGACCCGGGCAAGGACCUGACCAGUGUCAACCGGAUGUUGGCUAAGCUGAAGCGGGUGGAGGACCAAGUGAACAUGCGCAAGGAGGAGCUGGGGGAGCUGUUUGCCGAGGGGCCUGCGCUGGGAGAGGAGGCGGGGGAGGCAGACUUGAGCAUCGAGAAGCGGUUUCUGGACCUCCUGGAACCCCUGGGGCGGAGAAAGAAGCAGCUGGAAUCGUCCAGAGCGAAGCUGCAGAUCAGCAGGGACUUAGAGGAUGAGACGCUCUGGGUGGAGGAGAGGCUGCCUCUGGCCCAGUCAGCCGACUAUGGCACUAACCUGCAAACCGUGCAGCUGUUCAUCAAGAAGAACCAGACGCUGCAGAAUGAGAUCCUGGGCCACACGCCACGCAUCGAGGACGUGCUGCAGCGCGGGCGCCAGCUGGUGGAGGUCGCGGAGAUCGAGUGUGGGGACAUCGAGGAGCGCCUGGGCCACCUGCAGGGCUCCUGGGACACGCUCCAGCAGGCGGCGGCAGGGCGGCUGCAGCGCCUGCGCGACGCCCACGAGGCGCAGCAGUACUACCUGGACGCGGGCGAGGCCGAGGCCUGGAUCAGCGAGCAGGAGCUCUACGUCAUCUCCGAUGAGACCCCCGAGGAUGAAGAAGGCGCCAUUGUAAUGCUUAAGCGACACUUGAGGCAGCAGCGCGCCGUGGAGGAAUAUGGGCGGAACAUCAAGCAGCUGGCUGGCCGGGCCCAGAGCCUGCUGUCUGCAGGCCACCCUGAGGGGGAGCAGAUCAUCAGGCUGCAGGGCCAGGUGGACAAGCAUUACGCGGGGCUAAAGGACAUGGCGGAGGAACGCAAGCGCAAGCUGGAGAACAUGUACCACCUGUUCCAGCUGAAGAGGGAGGCCGAUGACCUGGAGCAGUGGAUAGCGGAGAAGGAGCAGGUGGCGUCGUCUCCCGAAAUGGGGCAAGACUUUGACCACGUCACUCUGCUCCGGGACAAGUUCCGGGACUUCGCCCGGGAGACGGGGAUGAUCGGGCAGGAGCGGGUGGACAACGUGAAUGCCAUCAUCGAGCGGCUCAUUGACGCGGGCCACAGCGAGGCAGCCACCAUCGCCGAGUGGAAGGACGGGCUCAACGAGAUGUGGGCGGACCUGCUGGAGCUGAUCGACACACGCAUGCAGCUGCUGGCUGCCUCCCACGAUCUGCACCGCUACUUCUACACGGGCACCGAGAUCCUGGGCCUCAUCAAUGAGAAGCACCGCGAGCUGCCUGCGGACGUGGGGCUGGACGCCAGCUCGGCCGAGUCCUUCCACCGGGUGCACACGGCCUUCGAGCGGGAGCUGCACCUGCUGGGCGUGCAGGUGCAGCAGUUCCAGGAUGUGGCCACCCGCCUGCAGACCGCGUACGCCGGGGAGAAGGCUGAUGCCAUCCAGAACAAAGAGCAGGAGGUGUCGGCGGCGUGGCAGGCACUGCUCGAUGCCUGCACCGGGCGCCGGACCCAGCUGGUGGACACGGCAGACAAAUUCCGCUUCUUCAGCAUGGUCCGGGACCUCCUCUCCUGGAUGGAGAGCAUCAUUCGGCAGAUGGAGACUCAGGAGAGGCCCAGGGACGUCUCCUCCGUGGAACUGCUCAUGAAAUACCACCAGGGCAUCAAAGCUGAGAUCGAGACCCGGAGCAAAAACUUCAGCGCGUGCCAGGAGCUCGGCGAGUCCCUGCUGCAGCGGCAGCACCAGGCCUCGGAGGAGAUCAGCAAGAAACUGCAGCAAGUGAUGUCCAGGAAGAAGGAGAUGAAUGAGAAGUGGGAGACCCGCUGGGAGCGGCUGCACAUGUGGCUGGACGUGUGCCAGUUCUCGAGGGAUGCCUCUGUGGCCGAGGCGUGGCUCAUCGCCCAGGAGCCCUACCUGGCCAGCCGGGACUUCGGCCACACGGUGGACAGCGUGGAGAAGCUCAUCAGGAGGCAUGAGGCCUUUGAGAAAUCCACACGCAGCUGGGCCGAGCGCUUUGCCGCCCUGGAGAAACCCACCUUGCUUGAGCUUAAAGAACGCCAGGACAAACCCGUAGAGGAGCCCGGGCCUCAAGAGGAGGAAGGUGAGACGGCGGGGGAGGCGCCCCGCGUGCCCCACCGUGCAGCCACCGAGAGAACGUCCCCGCAGGGGGAAGAAGGGGGAACGUGGCCUCCGGACCUGCAGCCGCCGCCCCCGCCAGGGCAGCCCCAGGACGGCCCAGAGGAGCAAUCUGCUGCAGACGAGAGGCCCGCCACGGAGCCCCUCUUUAAGGUCCUGGACACCCCGCUGAGCGAGGGGGACGAGCCCGCCACGCUGCCAGCCCAGCGGGCCCACGCGCACAGCGUGCAGAUGGAGGGCUACCUGGGCCGCAAGCACGACUUGGAGGGGCCCAACAAGAAGGCAUCCAACAGGUCGUGGAACAACUUGUACUGUGUGCUCAAGAACUGUGAGCUGACCUUCUACAAAGAUGCCAAGAACCUGGCCCUGGGGGUACCCUACCACGGGGAGGAGCCCCUGGCCCUGAGACACGCCAUCUGUGAGAUCGCCGCCAACUACAAGAAGAAGAAGCACGUCUUUAAGCUGAGGCUGAGUAAUGGCAGCGAAUGGCUCUUCCACGGCAAAGACGAGGAGGAGAUGCUGUCCUGGCUGCAGGGCGUGAGCACGGCCAUCAACGAGUCCCAGAGCAUCCGCGUGAAGGCGCAGAGCCUGCCCCUGCCCUCCCUCGCCGGCCCCGAUGCCAGCCUCAGCAAGAAAGACAAAGAGAAGAGAUUCAGCUUCUUCCCCAAAAAGAAGUAGCAGUGGGUGGGCCUGGGCAGGUGCCGUGGCCGUGGCCGUGACCUCCCCCCGCCUGGCCAGGGCCCCACGCCGCUGCGCUGUAAUAGCUGCCUCUGCCGGCCUGGCCAUCCGAUGCCCGCCUCCACGCCCUCUGCCUCCGGGGAUGAGGGCUCCCAGCUCCUGUGGGGCCAGAAAACAGUUCCCUGAAGCGCCUGCCCUCCGCUCUCCACCCUCCCCUGAGCUGAGGGUGCACCAGUCCCCCUACACCCCACAAACGCUGGAGAUGGCAGCUGACGGGGUUCCCCAAACACUACCCACUCCCAAAGCAAAUCUUGCUUGGGGUCACUUCUGACCUGGUCACAGUCAGGGGAAGGGGAAGAGAAAGGGAGGUGGACACUGGAAUGGGGGAGCUGCCCCUCGAGGCCUGCGAAGGAGCCCUCAGGUGGGGGUCCCCAGAGCCCCAGCUCUAGGCAUGGGGCUGUUGGGGCCACAGGGACACAUGGGAUGCAGGGCCUCACAUGUGCCAGCCUCCUCCCCACUGGGCUUCACCACAGGGGCCACCGUGUCCCUUCCUCUCUGCUCCUCCUACCAGGAAAAGAAACCCAAAGAGCGCCCCCCUACACACACUGAAGGAGCCUCCUGCUGCCUGCAGUGCCCUUGGCCGCUAGCACAGGUGGAAGAGGGAGAACGCCAGUCCAUUCCUCCCGCAAAGCCGUGAUGAGAGCUGCCAGCUGAGACCCAAGGAGCAACACAUGGUCUAACCCAGCCCAGGGUUCUGCCUCUGCAGGCUGGGACCUUCCACCCAGCCCUAGCAGCAGCCAAGCCAGCAAUAUCCCCCAGCAGGGCCCCGUAGGCAGACAGUGCAGGCCCCAGUACCUAGAGAGCCAACCCCCAAGCCUACGCCCAGGUGCGUCCUGUCGAUGCUAUGGACUGGACAGGCAGCUGAGUUGAUCACCCAGCACUUCAGGGUGGCUAAUGUGGCCACACUGAGGUAGGACCACCCCCAACAGGAUACAACUAUCCUUGGACAGCUGGGACCAGAGCCAGGAAGGUGUGCUGCCCCUUGAUCUGCUUCCCCGGGACGUACCUGGUCUUGGGUCUCGGGGAGUUCACAUAGGUGCAGAGGUCCCGUCUGCGGCCACCUGUCCCCAGGCAUGGGAAGGAAACAGCAACCUGUGUCCCGGGGAGAGCCCCGCUCAAGCUAAGGUCAGACCUCCAGAGGAGGCGUCAGGGUUUCCACAAGGAUCUCCCCCACUCCCCUCUGAAAGCAAAUACAGCCACAGCCCAGCCUCUUAACUGGGGUCAGGCUGGGGGCAGCAGAUGGUUGCCCCCAGGGAAUCCAUGAAGGUCCCCCCACAGCCUGCGGUCACUGCUUCUGUCCGCUUCCACCCCACCCCGGGAAGGAGCCUGGGACACCUGGAGAUGACAUGGGCAAGGCUCAGGUGGCAGCCACAGCUAAGACGCCUUCCUGGAGCCCACAGUGUUGAUCAAACCAGGCACAGCUGAGCGAGCAAUGCCACCCUGUGGCCCCAAUGCUGUGGGCAGGGGGAGCCAGCUGCCACCACCGAGAGCCACAGGAGGGGAAGGUACCCCCCCCCCAGAGCCUGAGCUCCCCAUCCCGUAGGCAGGGUCUUCACUUGGCCUCAAUGCACAGGACCCCAAGGUGCUCUGCUCCUGUGGGAAACCUGGUGUGCAGCAUUCAGCAGCCUCUCCCUAUGCCCGGGGAAACCAAGGCAGGAGGCAUUGCAGUGACUGCACAUACCUGGCGACAAGGCAGGCUCCGUGCAUCACAGGGCACGUCCUUGUCAGGGGCGCACAGCAGAAUCCCCGCUGAAGGGCAGACCGGGGGCAGGCACCUGCUUCAACUGCUUCCCUGGGAGAGCUUGCCCGCCUGCCCUCUCCCCUCCACGUGUGCCAAAAGCACUUGAACCGAGGCGUCCUCAGCGAGCAGCCCACAGACCCGAGGAGGCGAGGGCUCCAAUGGGAGAGCUGGGGUUUCACACCCGAGGUCCCCAAGCCAGCUGCAUGUGACCCACCAUCUGUUGCCAGCUCCCCAUGCACCCAGCCCGCACCGCCAGGCCCCAGGACACUCAGCUAAGCGGACUGCUGCUGCAGGCAUCCUGCUCGGGGUGGGGUGGGGGGAUCCCUGUGCUAUGCCAGGGCUGAGCCCCCCGUGCCCUGGUGAGGUCUUCUCUUCCUCCGUAUGUUUUCUACUCAUAGUCCUUUGACAGUAUUCUCAAACUAGGUUGACACAGUUCCAGUCCACACCAGCAUAAACAGGCUUCCUCCCCAGGGCAGCUCGUCCUGGGCAUGGCCAGGUGGUCCUCUUUCCCUCUUGUCCCUGGCCUCAACUGAUGCUGGAGGAGGGUGAGGGGGUGGGAGGGUCCUCAGCUUCCCUCCCCACCCUACCUCCACUGGCACCUGUUAACAGGUGGCCUGAGAAAGACCCAGCUUCCCCCUCCACACCACUCCUCCUCCCUCUCGGAGGGCAACCAGGGUCCCCAAGGCUUCGGACAAGGGCAGAGAUCCAGAGGAAGAGGCCAGUGGGCCACACAGCUGGGCCCCUUGGACGAGUCCACUCGGGAGGAUGCAAGGGAGGCAACGCUGAGCGCAGAGCACGCGAUCUGGGGCUGGCCCUGGGGCCGGCCGGGCCUCGUCCUCCACCUGCUCAGAUGUUAACUUCCACCAACCAGAGGAAACCCUUUACUAGUUUUUCUAAUAAAUCAAUAAUGCUCCAUA